GGUUGUUUAAACGCUUUAAUCCGGGUCCGGCUUUGGUGAUUCAAACCUCGAUAUGGAUAAAGACGGAGUCUCAGCGAUACUGUUUGACCUGGACAACACGCUGGUGGACACAGCAGGAGCAGGACAGCUCGCCACGGACAAGGUCUGUGAGCUGUUGAGAAGUAAACUGAAGGACACAGACCCCAGUGAUAUUUGUAAGCGGUUUGCCCGUAAACUUUACGAGGAAAAGUUCGACCCAUCUGCAGGCAUAACGAUAGAUGACGUUCGGAUAAACCACUGGCUCGAAGCCCUGCAGGAAGUGAAUAAAAGUGUGGAUCCUGGCCGCGCUCUGGCCUCAGACUGUUACUACACUUGGAAAACCACACGUCUCCAGGCUCUAGCAUUAUCUCCUGAAGUUUUAGCCUUGCUGCAAAAGCUUAAGCAUUCGUACAAACUGCUGCUGCUGACUAACGGUGAUGCCCAGACGCAGCGGGAGAAGCUGGAGGCGUUGAGGUGUGAGGGACUCUUCAGCGCUGUGGUUGUAGGAGGAGAAUAUGCUGAGCAGAAGCCUGCAGUCUCUAUUUUCUCGCACUGCUUCGGGCUGUUGGGAGUAAAACCACAGGACUGCAUCAUGGUAGGAGAUUCGCUGGACACAGAUAUCCAGGGUGGAAUUAAUGCAGGGGUUCGAGCUACAGUGUGGAUUAAUAAGAGCAGAGGCACUCUCCCGGACAAUGGUGUGACUCCUGAUUACACCAUUCCCUCUGUGCUAGACUUGCCAAAUGUUUUAGCUCAGCUGAAAUGAUAUUUCUAAGCUGGCUAAGCAGUAGCGAUGUUUCCGGCUUAAUAUUUAGAAAAAUUAACAGAUUUUUUACAAAUUUUUGUGCAAAUCAUAAUUUUAUAAUGUGUACUGAUUUAAAAUAAACACUAUUCCAAUGUUGUAGAGGUGCAGGGAAUUCACAAUCUAUCCCAGCAACACUGGGCACGAGGCAGGAUUACAUCCUUGCUAGGACUUCAGUACAUGACCAUCACAUACAAUCGUUUAUGUCCAUGGACAUUGUAGGGUUAUACAAGUUGAUAAAAAAUAUACAUAUAUAUAUCAUAUUGCAUUUGCAAUUUAAACUGUGACGUGUAACUAUUAAAUGUACCAUAUUUUCAUUUAAAUGUAUUUAUCUAGGCUAACAGCAAAUCAUUGGA